GAUACCAAAAUGGCGUUAUAUUGAGGUGACGAUAUCGCUAAAUGAAAAUAUGGGUGACGAAGCCAUACAAGCAACAAACGAUGACGCGGCAUCGUGCAAGAGAUUUGCUAUCCAGCAGGGAUACUGGAGAGACCCAUAUUUACAGUUCCUCGUAAAGGCAGCUGAAAGGAAAGCCCCCGAAAUAAACAGAGGUUACUAUGUCCGGACUCAUGGUAUCAAGUAUUUACUAGAAGAUUUUAUAAAAAAGACAGAAUCCAAUUGUCAAAUUAUCAGUCUUGGGGCUGGAUUUGAUACUUUAUUCUGGAGGUUAAAGGAUGAAGGUCUUCUGCCAAAAACUUACGUUGAGUUAGAUUUCCGGGCUGUAACCUCCAGAAAAUGUUAUUACAUCAAAAGUAGAAGUCAGUUAUUAGAUCCUCUAAUGGAAUCUUGUGAUGGAGUAAAAAAUAAAAUAUCUAUAGAAAACGCUGAAUUACACUCGCCAAGAUACCAUAUUAUGACUGCAGAUUUGAGGGAUGUAGCUGAUGUGGAAAGUAAACUCACUGAAGCAGGUAUUGAUAAAAACUUACCUACAGUGUUCAUAUCAGAGUGUGUUUUAGUUUACAUGACAGUACAGAAAUCCAGUGAUUUACUCAAGUGGAUUGGCGAUUCUUUUCCCACCGUGUUGUAUAUCAACUACGAACAAGUGAACAUGGCAGACAGGUUUGGUCAGGUCAUGCAGCAGAAUUUACGAUCACGUCACUGUGAGCUUCAUGGUGUUGAUGCAUGUGCUAGUAUGGAUACUCAGAAAAACAGAUUUUUAUCAGUUGGUUGGGAAGGUGCUGAUGCCAUGGACAUGAUGUGUGUUUAUCAUAAACUACCUCCAGCUGACAUACACAGGAUUGAACGUCUUGAAUUCUUGGACGAGUUAGAACUCUUACAGCAGUUGUUCCAACACUAUUGUAUUUGUUGGGCGUACAAAGACAAAGCCAACAUAGGUUUAUCAUCAAUCGGCUUUGCAUAAAGCCAUACCACCUGAUGAUGCACCAAAGAAUUCAACAUUCUUUGGUGCAUUAUGGAUGUGUGUCACCGUAUAUGUGGCUUGACUUGUCUGAAAAGGCUACCUGUUCUCAUCUUGUAUCAACCAAUCUGUAUGCAAGGUGAAUGCAGAACAUAUCUUGGGUCAUGAAGUGUAAUCUUGCACCAUAGCCACAUGUCAAUUCAAUGGAUACAUUUUCAGUACACCUCAAUUAGUGAUCUACAAACGUACAUGUAGUGUACCUCCCAACCAAUUUACAGUGGAACACCAGCCCGCAUUUCAAGACCAAAUUUGAUACUCUAGUGUCAGUUUUAAUCUGUGAUAUAGUCCACCAUUAGUAACUUCAAUGAUGACGUAAAACUUGGUGAUUCUCCCUCCCUUAUAUUCAUCUAGUUUUUUUUAAUUUUUAAACUAAAUUUUUAAAGAUAAUUUUUACACAACUUGAAAUUGAAGCAGAACUGUUAUUCCCAGCAUUGAUAAAUUUACGAUCAUCCCCAGUGGAUUAAGUUUGAUUCAUAAUUCAAACCAUUAUAGCUACCAUUGGCUAUAAUGGUAAAAUCCACUAUUAAAACGUAUCAACAAAUUUAAAAUAAGGUCAUAUACAUGUCUGGUCACAUCUAAUUGAAAAGGGCAACUGUAUUGGGAUGAUUAAACAUAGCUCAUCUUUACUGUGCAUGUUUCAUAUAUGUAUGUUUCGCUCUACAAUUCAAAACAUGAAUAAACAAGUGCUAUAUGAUUGUAUUUUUAUUUAUCGAUUCCCACUUCAGAAAUCUUAUUUACAGCUCUUUGCUUGACUUUCUAUGCAAUGCAAUCACCAAUGCAUAUACUAGUUGUAAUGCUGAGUGUAUGUUGUCUUGGCUACUCUUGGUAAACUUUUUUUGAAGCACACAUCUUAUUACAGCGGGUACAAACAAGAUUCGUACAGGGAGUUAACAAACUGCCCAGGAAAGUCUCCAUGAAUAUUGCAAUAUAGCGAGGGACUUUGUUUGUGCUAUCAAAUGAUCCAAUAUUAUGAAAACAAUUUGCUUACAUUUUGUGAUAGUCUUACUUCCCCUGGCACCUUAAUUUUGGACUUGAAUUUUAAUUAAUUUUUGUCCAGGUACUUAAUAUGAAGUUGUUGUCUUGUUUUCAUAUUGCAAUAUUGAUGCGACUACAGAAAGAAUGUUGUAAAUUACCAGUACGAAUCUUCUUUGCAGUCAUCUCAACUGUCUUGAAGGAAGUUGAUAGGGAUAUUGUAAGGGAGUUUCCCAGUUGCAAGUUAACUUGCUGUAAUC